AUGGUUUCCGCGCGCUCCACUUUCACCUCCCUUCUCACUUCCGCGUCCCUCCUCGUCGGUCUCUUUGCGCCCGCCGCCCUCGCCGACAGCGCGAUCAACCCCAGCUUCCCUUACGGCAGCAGCAAAAUCCGCGGGGUCAACGUCGGUGGAUGGCUGGUUCUCGAGCCGUGGAUCACUCCCAGUCUGUUCGAUGCGACGAACAACAAGGCCAUCAUCGACGAGUGGACGUUCACCCAGCUCCAGGACUACAACACCGCCAAGGCCGCGCUCACCCAGCACUGGAACACCUGGAUCACGAAGGCCGACUUCGCCGCCAUCGCCGCCGCUGGGCUGAAUCAUGUCCGCAUUCCUAUCGGCUACUGGGCGUUCGACGUCGGACCUGGGGAGCCCUACAUCUCCGGUCAGCUCCCGUACCUGCAGCAGGCCGUCGGCUGGGCGCGCUCCAGCGGCCUCAAGGUUAUUGUUGACCUCCACGGCGCGCCUGGAAGCCAGAACGGCUACGAUAACUCGGGUCACCUUGUUGCGUACCCGCAGUGGCAGGCAAACAGCACGAACAUCGCGCGCACGAACGCGAUCGUCAAGACCCUCGCCUCUCUCUUCGUGAACGAUCUGGAUGUGGUCACGGCCAUUGAGCCCCUGAACGAGCCCGCAGGUUACUAUGGCAGUGACAUCCUCACCCCUCUGAAGCAGUUCUACUACGACUCGUACGGAAACAUUCGCUACCCUUACGGCAGUUCCAAGCAGAGCAACUACGUUUCGCUCAUCCAUGACGCCUUCCAGCCGCUCAGCUACUGGAAAGGCUUCCAGCUGCCGCCCAACUGGCAGGGCGUCAUGUUCGACACGCACAUCUACCAGAUGUUCGUCCAAGACCAAGUGAGCCGGACGAACGAGCAGCACAUCCAGGCCGCGUGCGCGAUGGGCGACGACCUCGCCUCGUUCGACCUCUGGGUCGUCGUCGGCGAGUGGACGCCGGCGCAGACGGACUGCGCCGUGUCCCUGAACGGGCGCGGCAAGGGCGCGCGCUACGACGGCACGCUCCCCGGGUCGACCGCCGUCGGCUCGUGCGCGGGGCUCACCGGGUCCGGCGCGGGCUUCUCGAGCGACUACAAGACGUUCCUCCGGCAGUACUGGGAGGCGCAGACGAUCACGUACGAGCGCAACGGCGGGUGGCUGCAGUGGGCGUGGAAGGCCGAGAACGCGGACGAGUGGUCGUACCAGGCCGGGCUCAAGUACGGGUGGAUCCCGCAGAACCCGACGGACCGGAAGUACCCGAACAUCUGCGGCUGA